CAGCAGCAGUAAUUGAGUAGUAGAAGAAGAAGCAGGAGUCUACGCAGGUGUUUACGUUUUCGUACUUCCGUAGCUACCAAAGCGGAGUAACGUUCAUCCAUCUACCUUUGAAUCCAGUCAUUUGAGAAGGGAUACUCGGUCAUGUUUCACGUUUCUAAUAUAAGCAUUGGAGAUGCUUGACAGAUAGAUUUUGACUCAGUCGUUUGCCGUCCAGUGUAUGCGCUGUUUCUCGAUCCUUCAUCGCAGGAGAAGCUAAAGGCUAAAGCUGGCGGUGUGUUAGCUGCGGGUCAGCGGCAUUGGACAUAAUUUAAUAACUCGUCGCCUGAUCCGCAUUUAGUCCAGUGUUACUUUAGAUCUCUAACAAGGCAGUCAUGGCCACUAGGCGACUGACCGAUGCCUUCUUGUUAAUGCGGAACAAUGCAAUCCAAAACCGGCAGAUAUUGGCAGAGCAAGUGAGUACAUACGACCCCCGUCUGAGUACACGUAGCAAUGCUGCGGAGCUCGAUGAGUUGGCUGAUGACCGGAUGGCACUGGUGUCCGGGAUUAGCCUGGAUCCUGAAGCUGCCAUUGGAGUCACCAAGAAACUGCCUCCUAAAUGGAUAGAGGGAGUCGACGAGAUCCAGUAUGAAAUCACACGGGUGCGGCAGAAGAUGAAGGAACUGGCGAUACUUCAUGACAAGCACAUGAAUCGUCCAACUCUUGAUGACAGUAGUGAAGAGGAGCACGCAAUAGAAAUCACUACUCAAGAGAUUACACAGAUGUUCCAUCGAUGCCAGCGAGCAGUUACAAGUCUGCAGGCUCGUUGUGGCCACUGCACAGAGCAAGAGGAAAGACUACUAAGAAAUGUGGUCUCAUCGCUGGCACAGAGUCUGCAGGAGCUGUCCACCAAUUUCAGAUACACACAGUCCGGCUACUUAAAACGUAUGAAGAACCGCGAAGAGAGAUCAAAGCACUUUUUUGACUCUGGGCCCCUUAUGGAAGAGGAUGAAGAUUUAGCUGUAUAUGACAAGGGGUUCACAGAUGACCAGCUGAUGCUCGUGGAGGAGAACACAGUUAUGGUUGAGGAACGAGAGAGGGAGAUCCGUCAAAUAGUUCAGUCCAUCUCAGAUCUGAAUGAGAUAUUCAGAGACUUGGCUGGAAUGGUGGUUGAACAGGGCACAGUUCUGGACAGAAUUGACUUCAAUGUGGAGCAGGCUUGUGUUAAAACAGAAGACGGACUUAAGCAGUUACAGAAGGCUGAACAGUAUCAGAAGAAAAACAGAAAGAUGCUGGUCAUUUUGAUCUUAUUUGUCAUAGUCAUUGUUCUAAUUAUUAUUCUUUUUGGAACAAAGUUUUAAUAAUGCAUUCCUCUAGCUUUUGUUUGUCUGUGUGGGUGUUUGUUGUGCAACUGUGUGGACUUGGACUUGGUCUCAGUUCUACUGAAAACAAAAGCUGACUGCCUGUCAUACCCACCAGGAAACAAAGAAAAAGAAAUCAUCUCUUUACAGGUGCACUUUGGUCCGUGUGGGAGUCUUCAGUUCUGUUAUGAAGUAAUUAACAAUCAGUUUGAGCGAUGUGCUAUUUUAUCAAGUGCAACACACCCAGUUUGCAAAGACUGUGGAAAAGGCUCAUCAAACAAGAUUAUGUUAAAGUAUGUGUCUUAACUAAAGAAAACAUUGUGUAGUGUGUGAAAAUGGACUCACUAUGUUUAAAUGCUGAUGCAGAGAUCAGUCUUCUUAAACUCAAAGCACGAAUUGUGACACUUGAUGUGUGACGAUUCAUUGCUUCUGUCCAAUAUCAUCACAAACGUUUUGUUUUUGUGUGGAAGCUUUGACAAAAACUAAUGUUUGUGAAAGAGAAAUAUGCAUCUCAAUGUAACAUUCAUGUCCUUGGUCAGUAUUUUACCCUGAGAGAGUAACAAUUUUCAUUAGGACAGUACCAGUCAGAAAUAGAAUAGUCAUGAAUUACCAAAUCUAUUCCUUCAAAUCAAGGACCACUUUUUUAUUACUUUAAUCCACAAUGUAUAGAUUGUUAUAACUCCACUGUUGGCCUGGGGAGGAUGAAAUCAAUCAUCUAAUGAGUCAUUCAAUAUAAUGUGACCUGCUGCACUUCUUCAUCAAGUGCUCCUUUUUUAAAAACAUUUAAUUGUUUUGUUUUACAUGGUCCUUGCAUAAAGUGCUACCUUUUUUGAACUCUUGCAGUUUGCACAUUGAGGCCUGAGGGGGAAGGUGGUUGUGUUAUGGAUGUAAUACUACUGUCAUCUGUAUGAUGAAAAGAUUUAUUUAUUUUUCAAAAAUGUCAAAUAAUCAAGAGGUUCUGAGACAUUCUGUCCCAGGCAGAAUUACUGUAUGAUGAGUAAAGAGUGUCUUUAGUCCAUAUUCAAUAGUUAUUGUCCCCUCCACUGAGAAAACUGUGAUGUAGUCCAACACAAGAAGACGUACAAAGACAGAAUUAUGUUUCUUUAUCAUAUCGGACACAUUACACUAAAGUUGGCUGUGCUGGAAAUUCUUUUUAUGUUGUUGUGUUCUAUCAAGACUGAUAAGCUGAAGUGAUGAAGAGCUUUCCUAAAUAUAUCCGUACUCCAAUCUACACUUAAUACGCUCGGUAAAUCAUCUGUGUCAUUGAUGUGAAGUUGUGUGUGAAAACAGUUUAUGUCCAAGUGGUACACUUUAAAGUUUUGAUUCAAAACUAAACGGAUGAGGAGACAGCGUUUUUUUAAAUAAACCUGAAACAUGA